UGCUUUCGCAACUUUCGCCUGUCGAUCUUUAGGAGAACGAGCAUUGUUCCCUUGGAUGUGGUAGCACGGAGUGUUGACGCCAGCCUUUCGACAUGACGGACCCUGUCUCCUGUUCGGAUGCCACAGCCAACCUGAAGGGCCCGGCUGGUCAGAUUGUCUGCGCUUUGAAUCAACAAUCCAAUGUCGCCGCUAGGCAAGUUGGUAUCGCAGUCGGCGCAUUCGCUGCUCUAGGGGCAGUGACUUUGUUCGGCUUUCAGGUGCUUCGACCCAACAAUAAAAUUGUGUAUGCUCCGAAAUCAAAGUACGCAGAAGAAGGGCGCCAGCCGCCGCGGGUCGGGGAUGGUUUCUUCGACUGGGUUAAGCCUGUGCUGCAAUGGAAAGAGCAAGACUUGCUGCCCAUCCUCGGCCUGGAUGCCAUCGCAUACCUUCGCUUCGGAAGAAUGAUGCGCUGGAUGGCGACAGUACUAGCUGUCGUCAUGUGCGUGGUCUUGAUGCCGGUCGACAUUUUGUACAAUCUAAACAAGUCAAGUUCGAACGAUUCCCUCCAAUAUACUCUCACCAUUAUCACAAUGCGCGAAGUAAAAGGCAGCUACGUUUGGGCUCACGUUGCCAUGGGCUACAUUGGGACCAUCAUCGCUCUGACCUUUGUCUAUUUCAAUUAUAGGGCAAUGGUACGGCUUCGAUGGCAGUACUUCCGAUCAGAGGAGUAUCAAACGGCGUACCACGCGCGCACACUCAUGAUCACAAAUGUGUCCAAGCGCCUCCAAUCUGACCAAGCAUUGAGCAGCAUGCUUUCGACCCUCAAGAUGCCCUAUCCAACAACUGAGGUCCACAUUGGUAGAGAGACAGGCCUCUUACCGGAUCUAAUCGAAAAGCACCAAGACUUGGUGCGCAAGCUCGAACGCGUCCUCGCCAAGUACCUCAAGAACCCAGGCAAGGUUAGCGGCAAGCGGCCCACAGUUACGCUUAAUGGAUGGCUGGGCUUGGGGGGGGAGACUGUCGACGCUAUCGACUUUUACACAGCUCAGAUCAACAAGACCGAAGCUGCCAUCGAAGGUUGGAGGGAGCGCAUCUCGGACAAAAAGCCGCAGAACUACGGCUUUGCGUCACUCGCUGCGGUGCCGUAUGCCCACGCUGCAGCAAAAAGCCUGCAAAGCAAGAAGCCCGGAGGUCUCCGAAUCCAGCUUGCUCCGUCUCCCCACGCUAUCAUAUGGAGGAACUUGACCAUGAGUUCUGCAGAGAGAUUCCGACGGAGUACCAUUGGUUUCAUUGUUCUCUUGGUCCUUCUGUUUGUCAACGCCGUACCACUGCUGGCGGUCUCGUUGAUCUCGAACAUGGCGCUCUUCAUCGACCAAGUGGGGUUCCUCGGAUCAUGGCACUCGGCCAGCUCAUGGUCAUUCGCAGCUGUUGCCGGUCUACUCCCGCCACUCAUUUCCGGUCUGGCGGGCUACCUGCUGCCAAUUCUCAUGCGCCGCAUCGCCAAGUACCGAGGCUUGCAGACCAAGAUCAAGGCAGACAAGAUCAUCUUAACGCAAUACUUUGGCUAUCUCGUCGUCUCUCAAUUCCUGGUCUUUACCCUUCUGGGCAUCGGUAUCAAUCUUGUCAUCAAGCUGGUUAACAACAUUCAGGAAAAGAAGGCCGCAUUACAGAUCCUCAGGGAGCUAGGGAAGGAGAACCUGCUGAAUCAGAUCAAGACGCAGUAUUUUGUCCUCGGAAACUACUGGUUGACCUGGCUGCCGUUCAGAGGCUACAUGAUCAUCUUCGACUUGGCGCAGGUGAUCAAGUUGCUGCUCGUCUGGGUCCAGAAGGGAUUUUUUGGGCGCACGCCUCGCGACGUCCGCGAGCUGACUCGCCCGCCUUUCUUCGAGUACUCGAUCUACUACUCCAACCUGCUUUUCAUGGCUGCUGUCGUCAUGCUAUACGCGGCGCUCGUCCCACUGGUCACAGUCCUCGGUGCCGCGGGCUUCUGGAUGUCUUCCUUGGUUUGCAAGUAUCAGCUGAUGUUCGUGUGCCAGACAAAACACGAGACGGGUGGCAGUCUGUGGAGAAUAGUGAUUAACCGUCUCUAUAUCUGCAUCGUCAUGAUGCAAAUCAUCCUCGCUCUGGCCGUCUUACUCGACCAGACUGGCCAAUGGUACCGCACAAUCGCAUGCCUGCCGCCCAUCCUGAUGGUGAUAGGUUUCAAGAUCUACACCGCUCGAGUAUUCGACUCGCAAUACAAGUGGUACAUUCCGAAUGCACAGGAAAUGGCCGGGAUCGUUGUCCACAAGGGAGACGCACGCCACCACCGUCUGCAACGGCGUUUCGGUCACCCGUCCUUGCACGAGAAGCUUUGGACUCCUAUGGUCCACGCCAAGGUGCAACACCUGCUGCCCAACGUCUACCGCGGUCGAUUGGAUGCGACCAGCACGCAAGUUGUCGACGGCAGAAAGAUGAAGACACAAGGAUUCGAAGGCGGACUGAAGCUGGCUCUUGUUGAGGAGGAUCAGCUGGAAUACGACCCAAAGAAGGACUUAGACUCACGCUCGGUCAUGUCUGGUACGACUAUUGCGGCCGGGAUGUCCGGCUACGGCACCCGACCCCCUUCUCCAGGCACGCCAUACACCGGUGUCGGGGCUUACGGUGCCAGCACCUCGAGCUUCAAAGCGCAAUACGCCAACUAUCUCGCUGGCGCUCCACAGACGCCUGGGGAUGAGUACGAGCUCAGCGAUGUCCACCACGGCGGUAAUGGGUAUGGCCCAGGGCGCGAGUCGCGCGACAAUUUGCUUGACCAACCUUCGGCAAGAUACUCGGACUCGGCGGACGGUACGCUUGUCGGCAGCGGUCACAUCCGCAAGCGCUCAGGAGACAUGUACAAGGCAGUCAGCAAUGGGGGCCAUCGGGCUUAUGAGAACGUGCCGAGCCAGCGAACCGCAAGCCAAGGGGAUCCCAUGGUAGCGGGCUAUGGCAUGGUGGACCACGGACUCCACCCUGACGAUCAGAGCGCAGCCAUGUAUGGUUAUCAGCAGCGGCCUGGGCCACCUGUGCGACAGGACUCUAACUUCACCGCCUACUCGGGCGGCGGGUAUCAGUCGGCACAGACAUCACCGCAAGGAGGACCCUUGCGCGUUGGGGCUGUGUUCCCGCCUCCGAAUGUUGGCACCAUGGACGGCGGUCAGCACCCUCACCAGCGAUCUGGCUCGACAAGUUCGGGGUAUAUGUUGCAACAGCAGCAAGUCUCCGGCCCACCCAUGCAGCCGGGCAUGGUCUUCUCGCAAGCGCCUUACCAGCCAGCACGGUACGCACAAACGCCACCGCCGGCAACCUUUGUGCAAUCUGCACCAGGACAAUAUGUACAGGCUCCAGUUCAGUAUCACCAUCAGCAACAGCAUUCUGCAUCCAGUAGUUACGAUCCUUACGCGAUGCAGCGACGACAAUCGCCCGGCCCACAGCGGGUGGCCUUGCCAUCUGGCGCCUCGGACGGCUCCGCACCUGACUCAUACUCAUACUCUCGCUAAAAGCUUUUCGGACUCCAAGCAAAAAGGGACAGCUGUCGUCAUCGUGAACGACAAGCGUGCUGCCAGAAUUUUCGAAAAGCAAGUCA